AACGGUCGAAUUUACCCCCAAACGCUUCGCUGUCUGCAGAGUUUCACAGAGAGAGAGAGAGAGAUGGGGAAACGGAAGGAGCAGAAGAAAGUUUGUCAUCGUGAUGAUGAGGAUAAAGAAGUAGAAGGAAGCAGGUUCUUUGCCUGUUACUUGCUUACAUCUAUGUGCCCCAGAUUCAAAGGCCACACUUACAUCGGAUUUACAGUAAAUCCUCGCCGUAGAAUUCGACAGCACAAUGGAGAGGUAAGGAUGGGUGCAUUGAGGACUAAGAGGAAGCGUCCCUGGGAGAUGAUUUUAUGCAUAUAUGGCUUCCCUACCAAUGUAUCAGCCCUCCAGUUUGAAUGGGCCUGGCAGCAUCCAGUAGAAUCCCGUGCAGUUAGACAGGCUGCAGCAUCAUUCAAAACUCUUGGAGGAGUUGCUAAUAAGAUAAAAUUGGCAUAUACAAUGCUUACUCUCCCUGAGUGGCAAAGCCUGAACCUCACGGUAAAUUUCUUCUCCACAAAAUAUAAGAUGCAUUCAGCUGGUUGUCCCAGUCUUCCAGAGCACAUGAGAGUCCAUAUUUGUGCACUGGAUGAACUUCCCUGUUAUACAGGAAUUGACAGGGAUGAGUGGGAAAAUAUUUGUGCACUGGAUGAACUUCCCAGUUAUACAGGAAUUGACAGGGAUGAGUGGGAAAAUAGGGAAGAAUGUGAGAGCAGUGAAGAAUUAACAGAUGAAAUAUCCACAAAUUCUAACAGUUCUUUUAGUAAUCAAGACAAAGACGAUGAACAAACUGAUUGGAGAGAGCUUGAUGAACGUGCUGGAGAAAAUAGCACUCGUGGUAGAGAGCAUUCAUAUAUUAUCAUCGACUCUCCAGCAGAAAGGUUAUGUUCAAUUCAAGGUGAUUUCUUUCACAUAGCAGACAAGAAAGAGAGACAUCAGUUGGAUGAUGAAUUUGGUGAGAACCAGGCCAACAAGAUGUAUGAUUCAUUAGCAACCAAGAAUGCUGGUUUGCCUUGUGACAUUGAGGUUAUUGAUGUUUUUACUCCUCCAGUGCGUGCAGACAACAAAAGAAGAAGACUUUCGGCUAGUGUGCCUGAAAUAAUAGACUUGACAGACUCACCUGUUUAUGUCUAAUGUGAUUAAUCAGUCACCUGGUUUGUUUUUUUAAUUGUCGUUCAUCAAAAUAUAAUGAGCUGAGCUAGCUAGAAUGUUAGAAUAUGUAAUAGUGAUAUUGUUGACUGAUUCUUUCAGUGGCAGACUUCCAUUUCCACCA